AUGGAAGAACAGGGGGAAACGUUUUCUUCCACUGCUCCGAGGAGGAGCAAGGAGCUCCAGUUUGCCUGCGGGCAAGCAGAAACAAAACGUUUUUUAGAUGACCGGCUCAGGCCGUUCUCUCUAGCAGGCAAAGGACAGAUCCACGUUGCAAACCUUAGCACAAAGGACUUUGAGGAAAUCCGCAAGCUAGAUUCUAGUUUUAAUUCCUCCUCCAAGGGAUCGGUCCUACUUGCGGCCUGCUGGAGCCAGAGUUCCUCAACAAAUAGCCCAGGUCGGUAUGUCAACCGAUUCACCGUCGCCUCCUCUCCUUCUAUGACUAAAAGCACUGUGAAUGACUUGUGUUGGCAUGUCCGCUGUCUCUCCUGCAGUGUCUGCAGAACCUCUCUGGGAAGGCACACAAGCUGUUACAUUAAAGAUAAAGACAUUUUCUGUAAACUCGAUUACUUCAGGCGCUAUGGGACACGCUGCUCCCGCUGUGGGAGGCACAUCCACUCCACUGACUGGGUCCGCAGGGCCAAGGGCAACGUCUAUCACUUGGCCUGCUUCGCCUGCUUUUCUUGCAAGAGGCAGCUGUCGACUGGAGAGGAGUUUGCCCUGGUGGAAGAGAAAGUCCUGUGCAGAGUGCAUUUCAUCUGCAUGCUGGAUAAUUUAAAAAGAGAAGUGGAGAAUGGUAAUGGGAUUAGUGUGGAAGGAGCCCUGCUCACAGAACAAGACGUCAGCCAUCCAAAGCCAGCCAAAAGAGCACGGACCAGCUUCACAGCAGAUCAGCUCCAGGUUAUGCAAGCACAGUUUGCUCAGGACAACAACCCCGAUGCACAGACCCUGCAGAAACUGGCUGAAAGGACAGGCUUAAGCAGACGCGUCAUACAGGUAUGGUUUCAGAACUGCAGCCCCCGCCACAAGAAACACGUCAGUCCAAAUCACUCCUCCUCUGCCCCAGUCACAGCGGUGCCCCCAUCCAGGCUGUCUCCGCCCAUGUUGGAAGAAAUGGCCUAUUCGGCCUAUGUGCCCCAGGAUGGAACCAUGCUGACAGCACUACAUACUUACAUGGAUGCUCACCAACAACUCCUGGACUCCAGCCCUUGUUACCCUAUACAGUGA